CUAGAGCCGCGCUGUUACGCUCCGGGUUGUCAGAGGAAAAGUAGUAGAGCCGUUGCAGGAAAGCUUUUUUUUGAAUUCUUUACACUUACGUCAGCUGCACCGGCUCUGUGUUUGGCUUCAGUAGGGACCCAGCAGCGAAGCUUUUUCAUUAGGGAUGCAGCAGCAAUGAAUUGAGUGGAGUUGAGAACUUCCACCCUGCACUCCCGGAGUUGCUUCCAGGAUUUCUUUCUGAUAAACCUGCUGGACUUUUGGUUGCUGCUGCAAACAUGUAUUCGGCGUUAUGUCUACUAAUGCUGACCGUGAGGAUCUACGCAGAUAGUAUGGAAGGGCCAACAGGCGGCUGCACCUUCGACGAGGACUCGGACGCCAGCCUGUGUGACUACCGCCAGGGACAGGAGGACGACUUUGACUGGCAGCUGAUCAGGACCUACAGUUGGCCCCACGCCACUCCUGAUCUGCUCCGAGGCUCCUUCAUGAUGGUCAACGCCUCGCAGCACUACGCCGGCCAGCGGGCCCAGAUGCUGCUGCGGCCGCUCAGCGAGAACGACACCCACUGCAUCCAGUUCAGCUACUUCCUGUACAGCCGCGACGGCCACAGCCCCGGGGCCCUCAACGUGUUCAUCAGGGUCAACGGGGGCCCCCAGGGCAGCGCCGUCUGGAACAUCUCGGGCUCCCAGGGGCGCCAGUGGCACCAGGUGGAGCUGGCCGUCAGCACCUUCUGGCCCAGCGAGUACCAGGUGGUCUUCGAGGCAACGGUCUCCGAGGAGCGUCAGGGUUACAUCGCCCUGGACGACAUCAUGCUGCUCAACUACCCCUGCUACAAGGUGCCCCACUUCUCCCGCCUGGGCGACGUGGAGGUGAACGCCGGGCAAAAUGCCACGUUCCAGUGCAUCGCCACGGGCAAAACAGCCGAGUCGGAGCCCUACCUUCUGGAGCGGCGUAACGGCGUGGUGCUGGACACGUCCUCCCUGUCGCGGCUCAGCCACAAGCGCGUGGCGGCUACCUUCCAGGUGGAGGCCCAGCGGGGGGAGCAGGACCUGUACCGCUGCGUCACGCUGUCGCCGCGCGGCGCCGCCGUCUCCAACUUCGGCGAGCUCAUCGUCAGAGUGCCCCCCACACCCAUCGCCCCGCCCCAGCUGCUGCGGGCGGGCCCCACCUACCUGAUCAUCCAGCUCAACACCAACUCCAUCGUGGGGGACGGCCCCGUCAUCCGCCGCGAGAUCCAGUACCGUGCCAGCCAGUCGCCCUGGACCGAGACGCACGGCGUGGGCUCCCUCACCUACAAGGUGUGGCACCUGGAGCCCGACACCGAGUACCGCAUCAGCGUGCUCCUCACCCGGCCCGGGGACGGCGGCACCGGGGCCCCGGGGCCGCCCCUCACCAGCAGGACCAAGUGCGCCGAGCCCAUGAGGCCCCUACGCGGCCUGACCGCCACGGAGAUCCAGCCGCGGCAGCUGGCCCUGCAGUGGGAGCCCCUCGGCUACAACCUCACCCGUUGCCAUAGCUACAGCGUCUCCCUCUGCUACCGUUACUCCAUGCCCACGGGAGGGGGCGGAUCCUCCGCCGGCCGCGGCGGCGGCGGCGGUGUCAACGGCGGCGGUGGGGGAGCGGGCGGGGCCGGCGUGGUGGGCCCGGGGAACAACGCCACGGUGCGCGAGUGCCUGUCCAUCGAGCGCAACGCGUCCCACUUCACGCUGCGCGACCUGCCGCCCUUCAGGCCCGUGCACGUGCGGCUGACGCUGGCCAACCCCGAGGGCAAGAAGGAGAGCCGCGAGGUCACCUUCCAGACCGAGGAGGACAUUCCCGGUGGCAUCGCCUCGGAGUCCUUGACCUUCACCCCAUUGGACGACAUGAUCUUCCUCAAGUGGGAGGAGCCUCUGGAGCCCAAUGGGCUCAUCACUCAAUACGAGAUCAGCUACCAGAGCAUCGAGUCGUCGGACCCCAGCAUCAACGUGCCGGGCCCCCGCCGCACCGUGUCCAAGCUGCGCAACGAGACCUACCACAUGUUCUCGGGCCUGCACCCGGGCACCACCUACCUGGUGUCGGUGCGCGCCCGCACCGCCAAGGGCUUCGGACAGACGGCCCUGACGGAGAUCACCACCAACAUCUCUGCUCCUGUGUUUGACUAUGAGAACGUCCCGUCGCCACUGAGUGAGACAGAGGGCACCAUAACAGUGCUGCUGCGCCCGGCUCUGGGGAGAGGAGCCCCCGUCAGCGCCUACCAGGUGGUGGUGGUGGAGGAGGACGGCUCGCGGCAGGCGCGGCGGCGCCGGAGGAAGAGGAAGAGGCGGGAGCUCAGCGGCGCCACCGACUGCUUCCCCGCCGCCAACUCCCACGGCGAGGCGGCGGCGCGCGGGGCCCCCUACUACCACACGGCCGAGCUGGCGCCCAGCAGCCUGCCUGAGGCCACGCCCUUCACCGUGGGGGACAACCACACCUACAACGGCUACUGGAACAGCCCGCUGGACCCCACCAAGAACUACCUCAUCUACUUCCAGGCUUCUAGCAACUUCCGCGGGGAGACAAGAAUCAACUGCAUCCGAAUCGCCCGUAAAGGCCUGAGCCUGUCUCCCGACGGCCGGCUGAAGCAGACAGACGGCCCAGAGCAGGAGGAGAGUGGCCGCGGGCCCCCGAAGCUCCAGGAAGGACAGCUGGUGGUGCGCCACUUCCAGUUCCUGCGCUGGUCCCCGUACCGCGACGUGCCCGACUCCAAGAAGGCCUUCAUCAGCCUGCUGGCCCAGGUGCACAACUGGCAGCUGGAGUGCGGGGAGGGUCGCACCAUCGUGCACUGCCUGAACGGCGGCGGUCGGAGCGGCACGUUCUGCGCCUGCACCAUGAUCCUGGAGAUGAUCCGUCACCACAGCGUGGUGGACGCCUUCUUCGCGGCCAAGACCCUGCGCAACUCCAAGCCCAACAUGGUGGAGACGAUGGAGCAGUACCGUUUCUGCUACGAACUGGCCUUGGAGUACCUGGAUUGCCUGGAAGUCAGAUAACACACACACCCCCAUCGCCUGUUGUGACUCCAGGAGAACGAGCUGGACCCUGGGGUAGUCGUUGUGGUGGAGGUGGUGGUGGUCAUGAUGGUGGUGCCUGUGACGGUGGUGGUGGUGGUGGUGGUGGCGUUGGCGUGUGGGUUAGGGGCCCCCCAGCACUUUUAACCCCGGCCCCUUUGGUUCCGCGUGCGCAGCGUUCGGGUCACGCUCUUGGAGGGUUACCAGCAUUAAGGACGCUACGAAACAAGAGAAGGCUUGCUGGACAACCUUGUAACAUACUAACACGGCAUCCCUCUCGCUCAUCCCCCGCCCCCUCGCAUUCUCCGCCAAACUGAUACCGUUAACGUUUUGUUUGUUUUAUCGUGCGCCACUUAUCGUUUGCCAAAACCAAGAGGACCUACAUGGGAGCAGUUGGAAACUGGUCGCCGGCCAAAAUUAUCGUUCAUUUUUUUCAUUCAUUUUCUCUUUAAUGGCUGCCUGACGAAAAACACAACAAAACAACGGAUUCCGACCCACAGUGCUCCGAUACAUCCUGCCUUACUACUACGAAGAGGAAGCCUGUCGGACAAUGGACGCUAACGUAAGGGGAAGACAAAAAAAAAAAUGCCAUUGGGUGAUACGUGUGUGUGUUGUGGUUCCUUUUUCGGUAAUACUACUGUAAACGGUGCAGUGAACACCUUUCUGUACUGCUGUACUUUACUGCACUGGUGGUGGUGCAGGUGUUGGGGGUGGAGGCGCUGGUGCUGGUGGUGGUACUGGUGGUGCUGCUCCGCAAUCGAGGGCCGGUGCUUUUCAGGGAGGGCGGAGGCGAGCGAGGGAGGGGGCGAGAGUUCCCCCGCAGGUGAAGUUUACAGGGAAAAAUGAGGUGACAGCCGCAUUCGCUACGGACAUUCUUGUACAGUGGACCUGUGUCUCGUUCGUUGAUUUCUCUUUUAUUUAUCAGUUGUGUAAAUAUGUUCUGUUAUUUUAGGCCCGCUUCUGUUGUAUCCCUCUUUCCGAUGUGUUCCCUUGUUUGUUCACCUCUGUUUGAUUAUUUGUAUGUUUUUCCCUCCUCUCUGAGCUGUUUAUAGAUGUCGUCACCUUAUCUCUGUGUGCCAAUACAUUCUCUCUGUGUCUGUGAAGAAAAUGAAUUGCUAAAUAAACGGGAGGGGGGGAAGUCCAGC